AUGACGCUGGAGGCAGCAGGGCACUAUAUCUUCCCGGCCGAGUUCGAGCCGCAAGAGUGUGUGUGGCUCAGUUGGCUGCACACCCGGAAGGAGUUCCUCCAGGGGAGGCCCAUGCAGCCGGUCCUUUUGGACAUGAUGGAAGCGCUGCUGCCCUUUGUCAAGGUAGCGGUCAUCGUGAACGACGACGCGGAGAAACAACAGAUACAGACCGCCCUGCAGGAGAGGCAUCCAUCGUCCGCCGCCAGUGUGGCCAAGCUCCAGUUUCAUCUCGUCAAACACCUGGAAAUCUGGAUGCGCGACUUCGGACCGAUCUUUCUCAAGUCCUCCACCGACCCGAGUCUGCCGCUCAAGGUGGCCGUCUUCCGGUGGAACAUAUGGGGCUGGCUCGACAACCUUCUGCCCACCGUCGUGCCGCCGGAGGAGAUUGCCGAGCUGAUCGCCGAGGGCGAGGUGUCGCGUCGCGUGGCGCACGCCCUCUCGCUGGCCACCGUCGACGCCGACUUCGGCGGCAAUCGGGAGUUCAACGGAAGGGGCACCCUGAUGGUCACCGAGGCCGUGGAGCUCCAGCGCAACCCCGACCUCACCAAGGAGCACCUCACCGAACAUUUCAAGAGCCUGUUCGACGUGCGCAAGGUGAUUUGGCUCAAGCAGGGCGUCGCCGAGGAUGACCACAUCUUCCGCGGGCCUCUCCCCGGCGGCGUGUUCAACAUGCCCUGCACCGGUGGACAUGUUGAUGAGUACGCUCGGUUCGUCAACCCGACUACCGUCCUUCUUGCUGAGGACCGUGACCACCCGAUUGGCCGGCUCAGCCACCAGCGCAUGGAGGAGAACUACCGGAUCCUGGCCGGCGAGACCGACCAGGACGGCCACCCGUUCACCAUCGUGCGCAUUCCGCUGCCGCCCGUUGACGUCAUCAAGGUCAAGCCCGCCGACCCCCUCUUCGGCGACUACAGCGCGGUGGCCUUCAGCUCCGGCAAGACCUUUGAGCAGCUCCUCGAAGAACUUCACCCCGACUACGUCGCCGGCGGCGGCAGCCAAGACGAUCUGAGGGCGAUCGAGGCCGUGGUGCCGGGGAGCUACUGCAACUUCGUCAUCUCGAACGGCGUGGUGCUGAUGCCGCGCUACCACGCGGAGGGACGGGACGAGGCGGUCAAGCGGACAGACGACGCAGCGAGGGACAUCCUGCAGUCGGUCUUCCCCGACCGCAAGAUCGUCCAGAUCGACUGCGAGAACAUCAACUUUGGCGGAGGCGGCAUGCACUGCGUGACCCAACAGCAACCAGCCAUCACAGACCAAUAG